GACCAAUAAUGGAACAAAUGGCUGGAACGAAUAGGACGGCUGGAACGAAUGGGACGGCUGGUUUAAAUGCGACGGCUGGAACGAAUAGAACAACUAGAGCCGACAGAACUACGGCUGGAACGAAUGGGACAGCUGGUUUGAAUGCGACGGCUGGAACGAAUAGAAUAACUAGAGCUGACAGAACUGUG